UCGUUUCAGAUCCGAUUGUGAGCUCCAUCUUCCUGCGAAAGAACUUCCAAUCGACAGGGUGUCGAGAAAGGUUCUUCCAUUAUGGACGACGUCCUGCCAGGGUCGAGAGAAUCUGACCUCGGCCUCAAAUGACAAGUUGUAAGGGCGAAUUGAACACGAGACUUGCAUUCUUCCCCUCAGUUCUACACUCCACUGAAAUGGGUGGGCGGAAUACCUUGUCAUAGGCCACAAGCAGCUUGGAAACCACUUCAUAGACUUUGGAACAACGCAAAGAGUCUUUGGCAAAUUUUUAAAGGCCUCGAGUCAAUUCGCACGAGAGAUACCUUUCCUCUCUUCCAAAGUCCGUUUGGGGUGUAGAGCAAGCAAACUGUGUAUCAGGUCACGCAAACCGCAGAUAGGAAAAAGGUAGGUGGAUAACUUGCUGAAAUCAGACUGACAGCCGAGUCGAGAGUCAUACAUGAAACCUCUCGAUAGAGUUCAAGUUGGAUCUCGACACCAGGGCAGGAAGCCCGAGUCCUCUCGAGCUUCUCGUCACUGAACAUCGGAUUGUGUCCUGACAGAUCAUGUUUCCGUGAAUUUGAAUACGAAGGGAGCAUUUCCAAGUCCCCAUCGUUUCCCAUCAAAUGCAUGGGACAUCUCAAAGAAAUGGUAGGAGCGAACGCGGCAGAAUUGGUGGUGGUGAGGCAUGGACAGACGACUUGGAAUGCCACUGAUCGCCUUCAGGGCCAAGCUGAAUCGGAUCUGAGUGACACCGGAGUGAAGCAAGCGCAGGCUGUUGCAGAUCGGCUAGCUAGAGGCGCCAAGCACAUCACUGCAGUCUACUCAUCGGAUCUCAAGCGAGCAUCCGAGACUGCUCGAAUGAUUGCAGACAAAAUCGGUUGCGCCGAGGUGAUCGAGAUGGAAUCUCUCAGAGAAAGACACCUGGGAAAACUGCAGGGCCUCACCAGAGCUGAAGCCCAGACCGCUGAACCCGAGGCCCUGAGGGCUUCGUUCUCGUCGGAUAUGGACGAGCCCAUUCCCGGGGGAGGCGAAAGUUUGAACCAGCUGUACGCCCGAACGAAGGCCGCGUACGAGGACAUCGCUCUCCGGCACCUGGGCCAGAGAGUCGUGGUCGUCAGCCACGGCGCCGUCCUGAGAGCCCUCCAUGUCCACGCCAAAGGUGUGCAACCGGCGAGCAGGGUGCGCAACACAUCCAUCAAUGUCUUCCGCAUCACUUCGUCUCGCGAUUGGAGCCUCCGCUUGUGGGGAGAUGUAAAUCACUUGCAAGGAACUGACCUGCUCCGAGCUGGUCAAGGCGGAGAUGAAAUUCACUGACAUCAACCGGAGUAGCGUAGAUUGCCAAUUCUUUACAUCCAGCUUUUCCAUUUUGUUGUACACUUGAUCUCACAUGCCGAAGUAAAUCAUAUGAGUUGGAACAAGCGAGAUCUUCUCCCGAGAUGACUGCAACCGAUGUUCUAGGGUUUGUCCUCUGGGCUAGUGAGAGAAGACCUGUUAGAAGUACAGUAAUGAGUUCUCUGUCCUUCGUGCUUUACUCGACCACACGAAUUGUCAGCAGCUAAUGUCCUUGAGAUUUGAGCAAAUCUCAAGCUACGCCAGCGUCUGGUGGGCUGACACACAAACAAACACAAAUGUCUACAAACUUGCAUCACUUUAUCACUAGUAUCCUAGCAUCGCACAGAACUGAAAACCGUGCGCACACGAGAUUCGAUCGAAAAUAGAAAAAGAAAAUCGAUUUUCACAUUCAGGAAUCGGGAAAAUUUUCCCGGCUUAUAUAUUUUAGCACACCGAACAUUUUGUGGGGAAAAAGCCUGCCAUAAGUGACUUCAGUAGUUCGAGAUGCGCUCAGCUGAGUUUCAAGGUUUACGGCUUUAACCGGUUCCACCGGUUCAGGUGGAAAAGCCUGUCGUUGCUGGGUACCGAGAAGCAUCUUUUAAAAGGAACCUUAACCUUACCGGAGAGCAUGACAGAUUUACCUUCAAGGUGCAUCAUCGUCUGAAUCUCGACAGUGCUGGGAUUCGCAGAUCUUGCAUGGAAUUUCAUUGCCGAUGAAUAUUUACUAAAUUAAUGAAAAACU